AUGGCCGAGGAGAAGUCAACCAAGAACUCGCUUGCUGCUCUUCGAGAGAGCGCCAUAGAGGUCGUCAAGGGACUAGCAGAUACCUUUGAAGACGGACUAGACACUUUUGCCGUUCGCAAUGCGAUCCUACCCAGCCGGGAGGAGCGGCCGUCCAGGUUUAUAGGAGCCAUUGACCAAGGCACUACCAGUACUCGGUUCAUCAUAUUUGACCUGCAGGGAAGCAUUGCUGCCUCCCAUCAGACAGAGCUUGGACGGGUACAUGACCAGCCUGGGUGGCAUGAACAAGAUCCAGCAGAGAUUGUUUCCUCUGCGCAAAAGUGCAUCGAGCAGGCAACGAAGACGUUUAUCAAUAGUGGUCACGAUAUCAGUGAGAUUGAAGUUCUUGGAGUUACCAACCAACGAGAAACCACUGUCGUUUGGGACUGGGAGACCGGUAAGCCGCUAUACAAUGCUAUAGCCUGGCCAGAUACUCGUACCAAGUCCAUAGUCAGAGAGUUCAAGGAGAAAGGGGCCGAUCAGCUGCAGGAAAUAUGUGGUCUGCCCAUAUCAACAUACUCUUCGUCUGCCAAGUUGGUCUGGUUACUCCGAAAUGUACCAGAGGUGAAGACGGCUUAUGAUGCUGGUAACCUGGCAUUCGGUACUGUCGACACUUGGCUGUUGUAUAAUCUCAAUGGUGGCAAGGAGAAAAAUGUAUUCGUAACUGAUGUAUCGAAUGCGUCGCGGACCAUGUUCACUAACCUACAUACCCUCAAAUACGAUGACAAGCUACUCAACUUUUUCGGCCUAGAUCAGUCAAAAUUGAGACUACCAAAAAUAGUUCCAUCUGCAGAUCCCACGGCGUUUGGACAGCUGGCCACCGGAGUUCUCAAAGGCGUUCGAAUCAUGAGUUGUCUUGGUGACCAGUCUGCUGCAUUGGUAGGUCAUGAAGCUUUUGAGCCUGGCAUGGCUAAAAAUACUUACGGAACCGGUUGCUUUUUGCUUUACAACGUUGGUGAAAAGCCAGUUAUCUCCUCUCAUGGGCUUCUCGCAACCGUGGGAUAUCAGUUGGGCGCGAACUCAAAGCCGGUAUAUGCCUUGGAAGGUAGCAUAGCCGUUGCCGGUAGCGGCGUCAACUUUCUUAUGAAUAACUUGGGCUUCUUCCGAGAUGCCAGGAGGGUCGAUGACGAGGCUUCCAGUGUACAAGAUAAUGGUGGCUGCGUCUUCGUUACUGCAUUCAGCGGUCUUUUCGCUCCUUAUUGGAUCGAUACCGCAAAAGGAACAAUAUUCAACGAAACAAAAAUGGACAACGGUGGAAGAAGAAAAAAAGCUGUCAUACUAACAGUAUACCGACUAGUUGGUAUCACACAGCAUACUAAGAAGGGUCAUAUCGCCCGAGCAACUUUAGAAGCAGUGUGUUUUCAAACCAAGGCCGUCUUGGAUGCUAUGGAACGUGAUAGCGGACAAAAGCUUGCUGAGCUGAGGGUGGACGGCGGCCUAAGUACUUCCAACGUCUGCAUGCAACUGCAGUCACAAGCUGAUAUCAUUCGCAUACCUGUAAAACGCCCAGCAAUGCACGAAGUAACAGCGCUGGGAGCGGCAAUUGCCGCUGGGAUCGCCAUCAAGAUCUGGGAAGGCCCCCGAAACCUGGACGGCCUCAAACAAUCAGACAAGACGGUGUUCGAACCAAAGCUCCCUGAAGAAGAAAGCAAUCGAAUUUAUAAAAAGUGGUCCAAGGCUGUCGAGAUGUCCCGAGGCUGGAUGGACAGCAGUGACUGA